AUGCCGGCUCGACCAAGACGGUCUCAGACAGGCUUAGGCCUCUUGCUGGCUGUUACAGCUUUUCUGCUCAGCGGAGACUCGGCAGUGUCAUCUUGCGUUGGCUUUAGCGUGGCCCGCCCAACUCAACCCCUCCGCACUCGGCACGGUCGAAGGAGCUGCGCAGCUCCGGCACAGGUGAUCAAGGCGGAAGGAAACGGUUUCGGCAGUGCCAUCCGUGGCUUCCUCAGGCGUGCUCUGGCCCUACUGAGCAUGCUGACAUGGUGGGGGAGGUCCACAUCCAAGGUGCUCAAGGCUGCCCCUGUUGAACCCGACAUUGAGUCCAACGACUGGGAGCCUGAGAUCUCUGCACCCGUUGCAAUGCGAGUUCAAGGCCAAGGGCCGGCCAUGGCCUCCAAGGUCACAGACAACGUGGAACCUAUCGACACAGUUGCGACAGUUGCGAGCGAGGUAAGCCAGGUGAGCACAAAGCUUGCCGACCCCGUGGUGCCAGGUAUGUCCAAAGCAAACUUGGUAGUGAAUGUGGAGACAGUUCCGGGCAAAGCACAGACUCCGCAUGCAGAUGCCAAGAUGCAGCAAUCGAACCAAGAAGUGCUCCAAGACCUCUGCGGUGACGGCUGGAGCUGCACACCAAUUGACAUUGAGAAAGAUCUGUUCGAGAUCACGCUGCCACCGGUGAGAUACCAGCUUCCAAUGGGUGUGGUUUCGAUUCCUCCGCCGUUGUUCCAUGCUCAGGCGCGCACCUCGCACGAGGAGUCAGAUGGCUACAGCGAAAGGUUAGUGGCAGACAUCGUGCUGCAAAAUGGUGACAAGAUACUUUGUGUGGAGCUGGGGUUUCCCUUCUCUAGCAAGUUCACCAUCUCAGCAGCUGGCUGGGCGCGCUGUCGUGUGGGGCGUGAGCCUGGUUCGGUUAUUUGCAAGGCUGAGGUGGAGAUGGGCCUGCAGGUGCCCAAGGUCCCCGGACUAACCUCGAUCUUGCAGUUCUUCGUCAAGUCCUAUGCCAACAAAUCUGCAGCUUUCUUGCAUUUGCUGCAGUGGCAUGCCCUUCAUUGCGAUCACUCUUGUACUGGUACGGGUGGUCGAAAUCUUUCACAGUUUGAGGAUCAUGCUAGAGAUGAAGGGAGACGAAGCUGGUCCGACCUUCUUUUGUUGUUGGGCGGUGAAGAUGCCACCAGCGGCGGCAGGCACAGCAAAAAAGGAGCAAUCCUGACACUAGAUCUGGAAGGAAUGCUCCGCCUGCUAAGGAGCAGAUCCAUCCUGUGCGCGGCAUACCAGUUGGAGUUCUCGCGGGCUACAAAACAGGCCCAAGAGGCCAGGGGCUUGUCGGAGUCCAUGGCUGCGGAGUCGGAGCAACCUGGGCCAAGGAGGGAAGAAGACACGGCAGCCGAGUGCAUUCGCCUUCAAAACAUUCUGGACAGGAUGAAGAAGCUGAUACGUGAAGAGAGGGCGCUGUGGAAUGAAGAACGGUCACACUUGCUGGAUGAGUUGUCAGCUGCGCGACGCGCCUUGUCGGCCUCUGAGUCUGCACGCGAAGCGGCGGAGUUGGCUUUAGAGGGUCAGCUAAAGUCCACGUCCCUUGCCUCGCCUCUCAGAGGAGCCUUGGGCCUGAAGCUCCCGAGAUCGAUCUGCUUAAGGCUGUUUCAAGAUCAGGCAGACGACGCAGCGCUGGCAAACGAGUUGGACUUCUCCUUCGAGGAGCGAGCCGACUUGCUUGCAGACCUUUUGGAGGAUGACAGCUCGGUCUUUCCGCUGCUGGAAUGCCCGCCAGAGGUCCUCUCCUCCGUGCUGCUUCUGUCAGAGGCGGUGACAACCGUUCGAAUGAGACCAUUGUGCAGACUGAUGCGAGCGGCAGUAGACUCCAAUGAAGGCCUUUGGAGUCUACUGACCUUGCGGGACUUUGCAGACUUGGGUGGCACAACUAAGCACUACCGGGGCCUGCGCACCCUCGCCGAAUGGGACGAGUCCAACGCGAUGAGGCGACUGGAAUGGGAUCCAUUGAUGAUCUGUGCACCACCAGCAUUACGAUACAGUUUACUUGCGGCCAUGCAGGUGAGACGUCAACUUUGGACUCAGCAUGGGCCUUCCUUAGGCGCCGGCUGGGAAUGGUUCAGCGCCAAGGUUUGCCGCCGCAUGGCAGUUCCCACCUUCCUGCGCUGGGCCUCGCUGCAGCAUGACCAGCAGGCCCUGCAAUCAUUGCUAAGACCUCUAGGCCUGUCAACUUCAGAUGUGGUAUCCAGCAGCGAUGCCUUUCCGAGCCAGAAGCGAAAGAGAGCAACCGACGCCAAAACUGACCUUGAAGACCAGCCGGCGAAGCGAACAGGAAUGCGCUUCCGAUGUGGGCGCUCUGAUGCCGUUGAUCUUAGCGAAGAAGCCGUCAACGACAUCUACGAGACGGUCCAGCGAUGGCAUAGCAAGGAGCAUCGAGAGAUGAUGCGAGCCCAUUUUCAGGGUUCAGAAACUUCCAAGAAAGGAACGUCUCUGCCUCGGGCUGGCAGUGGGGUCUUCAGUGUGACGCCCACUCUUGAUGCCCACGAAGCAACUGUGCUCGCGUUGAACGAGUCUCAAGCGCAGCCAGAGCCGGAAGCAAAGAAGCCCCAAGCAGAAGAACGCGGAGCUGCAUCGCGCCAUAUUGAAGAGGCACAACUGAGAUUAGCCGUGGAGCUGUCUAAGAAGGAAGCUGAGCAGCCGGAGAAGAAGGACAUUAAGAAGACGAAAGAGACGGAGCCCGAUCCCUGCCCCGAGUCCACGGUGACCAUGCCAGCUCAGCAAGGCAAGGAGAGCUGCAAGGAGUUUGAGGGCCUUCCUUUGCGCGGAGAAGGUGACGUUCCCGCUGCACAAGUCUUCGUCAAGCCGCACUGCCUGGCGGCCCGGGUCGAGGCCUUGCCCGAUGCUUUGGAAAGAUCCAUUGAGAGUAUUGUCCACAAGAUGGUCACGCCUGAUUCCUGGGCACUGCUCUAUGAGUCCAUCACAGAGGAGCUCUGCUUGAGGGCCCGAUGUGCUGCGCAUGCUCUUUGCGCCUCACAUGCAGGGGCGAUGGACCAGUUAGAAGAUGUGGCAGCCGAUACAGCCAAGCUGCAGGGCUCGUGUGGCAUAUCGCUGGAUCAGGAGCGGCUUUGUUUGCCAAUCUGGCGGCGCAGUUCAGUAAUGUCCGGCCUUUCCUGCCUGACUGAGAGCCCAAGCUUGGCUGCUGAUGGGCUGCGACUGAACCGGGCGCGUCACGACUUCCUGAAGCACGCCAUGCUGGAGUGGUGCGAGCUGGAGGAUCUGACAUUGUUCCUGGAUGCCCAGCUUGGACCUCUUGAGAUGGCUAUUGACAACUUUCGGGGAAGCCAGGAGGUGAACACAGCGCACACGCCCCACGUGAGGGACAUCGGGCGGCUGAUGUUCCGGAAUCACUGCUUGCUGGACUCUCGCGUCUUCAGGCCUUUGUGCUUGGCAGCAUACGCGCUGGUCCAUGAGAUCCAUGGUGCAGCUGGGAAGACAAAACCUGGAGCCAUAGACCCUGAUGGCGUGGAUGCUCUUAUCGACCUUCUAGAGCAUUUCCAUGGCAUGUUGGCGGGGUGCGAUGUUGCAGAUGACCACCUUUCAUCAUCCAAGAACACAAAGGAGUCUUAUGAACAGAAUUUGGUGUCACCGAUCUCUGCUGCAAUGGAGCGCUUUGGCGACAAG